CCUUCUCAAUUCCACUUCUCCGACUCGACUAGGUCAAUCACCACACUCGCCGUUCUAGCCGGCGUCGUGACCAAAUCCCUAAUUCAGAAGCUCUCCGUCGCAAUGGUUCACCUGUCUCCACAGAUUCAGUCAUCUUUCCGAGCUGCGAGUCCGUUGUUCUUCGCGUCGCUACGUGAUCGUCCCGCCGGGUAUCUCAACACGCCACUGACUGUAGUUGCGGCUGGGUUAUCUAAAUGGCUCGAUAUCUACAGCGGUGUUCUGAUGGUCAGAGUCUUGCUCAGUUGGUUCCCUAACAUCCCAUGGGAUCGUCAGCCUUUGUCUGCCAUUAGGGAUCUGUGUGAUCCUUAUCUUAAUCUCUUCAGGAACAUUAUCCCUCCGGUCUUUGAUACGCUUGACGUUAGCCCUUUGCUUGCUUUCGCCGUUUUGGGAACUUUGGGUUCGAUUCUCAACAACAGCAGAGGAUAGUUUGAAAGCACUACUCUGCUCUCUGCUUUGAUGCAAAGCUUAUGAUGGAUUGUAUCAAGUUCUGAUCUUUCUGGUUAUCUUUGGCAUUUAUAUUGUCUAUAACUAAUAGCAUUUGGAGAUAUAUGGUAACGAUGUAUUAGACUCUAAAGUUUGAGUCUUUUCUUCUGUUCUGUGGUGUAUAAUGUAAAUGUACGAAUUUGGUUUCAAUAAUAGACUUGGAAGUUUCGUGGAUA